UUAUUGGAUACGUGUUGUUGCUAGGGGCGUGGGUUUGUGUCUUAAAAUUGGCCUGCCUCCUUGCCAUGGAAAGUGUAAUUCGAGAGAGACAUGGCACAAAUACUGUCCGAACGAACGGUGAGAUGCUCUGAGCACAUGCUCUGGGAGAAAACUGUGCCGCAGUGAGCAAACAAUCUGAUUUGAUCAGCGCUUUGACCCAGCACCCGGACACCGCUCAACAUAGGAACUGCCCCCCAGCCGAGGGCCGCGCAUAGGGGGCGAUGCGAUGGAGUCGAUGCUGCGAUAUGGAGGUCACACCUCCCUGACUUCAUUCUGCUUUUCAAUCGAUAAAUAACCGUAAUAAAUACGCAAUAAACAGCUACUGGAUCGACUAGCCUACGAUUAUAGUGGUCACAGCUGCUCACCUGACAGUUGCAUGUGAUGGGUAUUUUGAGGGCUUAGAGAGAGGAACUAUCCUGGCCCGACAACCGUGAGUGUUUAUGGUAGCGGUUAUACCUACCACGAGUUCUGCAACAUACACUGUAACCAAUUCGAUCAGUUGAUGAAACAAAGUCGCAAUAAACGAAGGCUUUACAGAAACUGCAUAUGAUAGGAAUGAAUGACAGUUGUAAUGUAUUAAUGCAACAUUUCAAUUGGCUGGUUGGCUGGCUGGCUUGAUUUGUGAUAAAAUGAGCCGUAUUAAAUCAAGCAGUGGCACCAUUGCAACUGUUUUAAGAGUUUGUCGUUAUUAAUUGCUAUUUUAAUAAAUAUUCUAGAUAUCUCAAGUGAGAUUAUAUUAGGGAUGGUAUAGCUACCUAACUGCGUCAGUACAUGCGAACGUUGCAGGUAGCCUAUGCACACCCUCACUGCUGGGGAAGGACCAUGAUAGCAGUAGCCUCUGAAUGUCACCGAUAACUGUCUAAAUAUUUCCCGGGGAUGGAUUCCGGGGAUGGCUCGGGCUCGGACGCGCCACUUGGAUCCACAUUCUCCUCGGUUCCCAAUUUAGACUCUGACACCAACGCCAAUAUCCGUAUCUAUGAGAACGGUGGAGAGCGGAAUGUCAACAACAUAGAAACUGCAGCGCUGAGAGGGGCAAGCGACCCGAGCGCGUACCCCUUAUCGGAUUACCGGGGGCUGGUCCGUCAAAGAUUUAUUCGCAGAAGUUUGUGGUUUUCGGACCCCGACGACCAAGCGUUGGACGCGCCAGAAUGCGUCAACAGCACUCCAAUGCUGAGCGUCCACCUGCGCACCAUCGUGGACCGAACCCGCGCUCUCGGACCUCGUGUGGCUUUCCAGGUCCAGGAAAGCUCGAGCUCCGAGAGCCAAGUGGGGCAGAAGGACAGUGCGACUGAGAGUGUGAGCGUGGAUGAAGAGAAGGAGAGGAGCGAGGCCGAGCCAAAACCAGACGAUGCAGCUGCACUGUCGCCCGAUACUACCGGGAAAGCGGGGAUUGAUGAGAACGAAGAUGAGAACGAGAUAAAAGCCGUGUCCACCUCACCCGGGGGCCGGUUUCUCAAGUUCGAUACUGAGCUCGGGAGAGGGUCAUUCAAGACUGUCUACAAGGGUCUGGACACAGACACCUGGGUAGAAGUUGCUUGGUGUGAACUCCAGGACCGUAAGCUGACCAAAGCGGAGCGUCAGAGGUUUAAGGAGGAGGCAGAGAUGUUGAAGGGUCUCCAGCACCCAAACAUUGUGCGUUUCUACGACUUCUGGGAGUCACCGGUCAAAGGGAAGAAGUGCAUCGUUCUGGUGACAGAGCUCAUGACCUCAGGGACACUAAAAACGUAUCUGAAGCGGUUUAAGGUGAUGAAGCCUAAGGUUCUGAGGAGCUGGUGUAGACAGAUCCUGAAGGGCCUCCACUUCCUCCACACCAGGGACCCUCCCAUCAUCCACAGGGACCUGAAGUGUGACAACAUCUUCAUCACCGGCCCCACCGGCUCCGUCAAGAUCGGGGACCUGGGAUUGGCUACCCUCAAGAGGGCCUCCUUUGCCAAGAGUGUCAUUGGCACCCCAGAGUUCAUGGCCCCUGAGAUGUAUGAGGAGCACUAUGACGAGGCGGUGGACGUCUAUGCCUUUGGGAUGUGUAUGUUGGAGAUGGCCACCUCAGAAUACCCCUACUCCGAGUGCCAGAACGCUGCUCAGAUCUACCGCAAAGUCACCAGCGGGGUGAAGCCUGCCAGCUAUGAUAAGAUCAGUGACCCAGAGAUUAAGGAGAUCAUCGGGGAGUGUAUCUGCCAUCGGCGGGAAGAGAGGUACACCAUAAAGGACCUCUUGAACCAUGCCUUCUUUGCGGAGGACACAGGCGUGAGGGUGGAGCUGGCUGAGGAGGACGAUGGGAAAAAGAGUUCCAUCGCCCUGAAGGUGUGGGUGGAAGACCCCAAGAAGCUGAAGGGGAAGUACAAAGACAGUGGUGCCAUCGAGUUCACCUUUGACCUGGAGAAAGAAACCCCAGAGGGCGUGGCCCAGGAGAUGGUAGAGUCAGGCUUCUUCUUGGACAGCGAUGUGAAGAUCGUAGGAAAGUCCAUCAAGGAUCGAGUGGCUCUCAUCAAAUGGAGGAGGGAGCGAACCGUCCCUGCAGUUGAGACCCAGAACCUGCUACAGGUGCCCAGCAUGGGGGUACCACCACAGGGGGCGCAACUGGCCCCAGCAGAGCCAGAGGAGGCAGAAGCCGACCAGCCCCUUACCCUGAUCUGCAGCCUGCCCGCCCACGCCACCUCGACCACAUCUGACGGUGGAGCGGGCCUCAUGGUGCUGUCAGAUGUUAAAAACGGUCAGCCCAGUGCCCCAUACCAGUCCAUCCCAGAGCCCAUCUCUACACCCCAGGUGGUCUACAGCCCCCCUGUGCAGCCCCAGACCCAGCUGCACCAGGGGGCCUACCAGAAGCCCACUGCACAGCCUCCCCAAGUGGCCUACUCCUUAGCUACUACCACACAGCUUCAUCAGGGGGCCUACCAGCAACCUAAAGCACAGCUGCACCAGGGGGACUACCAGUCUCCACCUCCCAGUGCAGGGUUGAUCCAGGCCCAGCCACAGGCUCAGCCAGCCUCUGCUCCAGCCACCCCAGGGCCUACGGUACAUCAGAACGGCCCCACGGCUCCACAGAGCAUCCCAGCUGCUGCCCCUCUCACCACUGUACAGGCACAGACACAGACACAGCCUGCUGUUACUGCCCAGCCCAGCCACGAGUUGUCUGCCAGCCAGCCUCUACCUCAGCAGUGCUCUGACAUCACCACCAGUCUUGCCCAAUCACCUGCCUGCCUGGGCAGCAAUGCUUCUAACCCUCUACAGCAGCCUGCCCAGGCCACGCCCCCUCUCCAGUCACUGCAGAUCAGCACACAGGGCCAGUCUGGUGCCCCUCAGGACCCCCAUGGAGAGGCUCAGGUGUCGGCCCCCGCUCCGUUCCACCCCGUCCAGCCUUCCACCCUGUCCCCACCCUGGAGGGCCGAGGUGGUGGACCCCGAAUCUGCUGCUGCAGCCGGGUCUGACCAGACCCUCCCUGAGAGCCCAGCCCGGGCCCCACGCCUGGCUCCGGCUCCAGCUGCAGCCCUGAAGCCCGCUGGCAUCCAGACAGUAGCCCCAGUGCCUGAUGGUGUCAGCCUGUCCACGACUCAGCAUAACCUGGACACUGCAUCUAUGUCCACCUCUUACCAACCUGAGGCCAGCCAAGAGGAGCCACUACAAGAGAAACCCAUGGUGUUUCACAGUUUUGCAGGCUAUGACAGCUUCAACUCAGACGCGGCGUCGGGUAAGGAGAUGAAUGAUGGCUACGAUGGCUCGGCCAGCUGCGGGAAAGGGGACGGGAAGACCCGGAAACACCACCGCAAGUCGGCCCGCACACGCUCACGCCAGGAGAAGACCAACAAGCCCAAACUGAGCAUGCUCAAUGUGUGCAACACGGGCGAUAAGAUGGUGGAAUGCCAGCUGGAGACUCAUAAUCACAAAAUGGUGACCUUCAAGUUUGACCUGGAUGGAGAUGCUCCGGAGGAGAUAGCCAUUUACAUGGCGGAGAAUGGCUUUAUCCUGCCCAUAGAGAAGGAGAUGUUCAUUGACCAGCUGAAGGACAUCGUGGACAAGGCUGAGGACAUGCUGAGUGAGGACAUGGAGGGAGAGACGGCCUCCGCCCUGGGGGGCAGUCCCCAACUGGGACACAACUCUGGGGGGCUGGGGGGAGAGAUUCAGCAGCCCGGAGCACAACAUCCUGUUUAUCAGCAGAAUGUGCUCCACACAGGGAAGAGAUGGUUCAUCAUCUGCCCAGUGGAGGAACCUCCCACCUCCAGCCAGGAUGGAACUACAAACAUGACUGCUGAUGGGACUACAACUACUCAGCCUGACGGGACUACAAUUGCACAGCCUGAUGGGAUUACGGUGCCUGGCCAGACUGCUGAGGGUGGCACUGCAGGGACUCCUUCAGGCAGAGUAUCAGCGUCAUCCUCCAUAGCUAACUCAGUGUCUGGGGGGAGUGGAGGCUAUGGCCUCUGUAGCCCUCCCAUCCUGUCCUCCACAGACCCUCUCCUCCUGGCCAUGUCCCAUGUUCCAGCCCCCUCUGGCCCCCCAUCUGUCCACCCAGGACCUCCUCCAGAGGGCCAGGCCCACAGCUCUACCCUGCCCAGGGUGCAUCACACCCAGCCAGCCUCGGCUCCUCCAGCGGCCCCCUUUGGAGGUCUCCGCAGCUCCCUGUCCGGAGAGGAGCACCAGGGAGGAGGGCGUCUGGGUGCCAUCUCCCCCAUCCACGCCGCCCAGCAGAUGGCAGAGAUGGCGUGCGCUGCCUCCAUGGUGGAGGAGGUGCCCUGUUGCCCGCUGGUCAUGCCCCUGUCCCUGAACGUGAGUUGUGAUGCCCAAGGGGGCUCAACUCCUCUCACCCCUCUGCCCCCCCAGGACCCCUCUACUUCCUCAGCCAGAGAGUCCCUACAACUCUCCUACCCCUCCAUUUCCCGCAGCGACCGCCCCCAGCAGCCCGUGGUGCUCCAGCAGCCUUUCUCCUCAGUGGGCGGAGCCAAGGUCCCCUCGUUGCCCCAGAGCCCCGCCCCCCACCAGCACACGGCAGGGGGGCCCAGUGAGUCGGACGGGGAGGGUCGAGGGGUGGGGGGUCGGGGGGGCUUUGUGGACAGCACCAUCAAGACUCUGGACGAGAAGCUGAGGAACCUGCUGUACCAGGAGUACGCCCCCAUGUACCCAUCAGGCACUGCUGCGGAGACACCUGGCUCAGGGACAGAGUACGUCCAGUCCCCUCCUGGGCCCGACAGUGCCACCCUGGGGUCAGGAAACAGCACCCCUGGACCCAUGGGGGAAGGGCGCUACCGGACAGGGGAACAGCUGCCUCAGAUUCCAGAGAGGAUGGACAGUUUAAGCGCCUUGAGUGAUUCUGCCGUGGGUGUCCCCAUGUCUAGGAGAAAGAACAUACUCCACUCUACCUCCUGCUCUGGCUCGGGCUCCAGUGGCCGGUCUAAGAUUAUCAUAAGCCCUCCUGACAUGGUGACAGGAGGAGAGCUGAAGCAGAGGAGUUGGAGCAGCGCUGCCUCCCCGGCACACCCUGCUGGCCACUUAUCAGACCACCGCAGCAGUGCCCAGGCAAUGGCCAUGGCCCCCUCCACCACCAUCGGACGCUUCUCCGUGGUCAGCAUCGAGGACGACGUCACCCUGAGGACCCGCGGCAGCCGCUACUCCGCCCCGCCCGAUUUCUACCUGGAUACACCCCCCUCCAUGGCCAAACGGGGGUCGCUGCCUCGCGCCUCCAUUACCACUUCCAUGUCUGUUGAUGUUACAGUCCACGCACACCCACGCUUCCUGUCAUCGGACUCGGGGGCGGAGAGUAGUCCCGCCAAGCUGGCCCCGGCCACGCCUUCACGGCACGGCCGCUUGGGGGAGCGGAGAGGAAGUGACCUCAUGAAGAGGGCGGUGGCCUUCCUGCGCCGUUCGGGCCGCAGUAGUAGUGUGCAGAGCUCUGAUUCGCCGAGCCGGCAGGGGGGCGUGCAUGGCUCGGCCUAUGUCAGUAGUGAUAACGACUCAGAGAUGGAGGACUCGGAUAUGAAGAGAGAGCUGACCAGACUCAAGGAGAAGCAUUUGAAGGAGAUCUCGGCGCUGCAGGCCCACCAGAGAGGGGAGAUAGAGCUGCUGUACCGCAGGCUGGGUAAAGCCACUCCACCCCCCCUAGGUCUCUCCCACACAGCUCCCCCCAAGAGGAAGAGCAAGCACAAGCACAAACUGAAGGCUGGCAAACUCCUCAGUCCUCUGGUACAACAGCUGAGGAACGUCACCACCAAAACCAGUGAUUCUAGCAAAACCAGUGAGCCUACAGUGAGUCUGAAUGGGUCUCCAGCAAAAGCUCCAAUCCAGUCAGACAUCAGAGCCCGUUCAGGUACCAGUCACCUGGCUACCUCCACCUCUGAGUCCGUCCAGACCCAGCAGCCCUGCUCCCUCAAUGGCUCCCUCUCCUCAGACAACAUCUACGCUGGAGCUGGACUACACGGAGAGGGGACAGCUCCACCCACUCCACCAAGCCAAGGCUGGUCCGCUUACCCUCCACCGCCUGAGAGAGUGACCUAUAAAUCCAGUAGCAAACCACGCGCUAGAUUCCUCAGUGGGCCUGUGUCUCUGUCUAUCUGGUCAACUCUGAAACGACUCUGCCUUGGUAAAGAGCGUGGUAGGGGGACUGGAUCAGGCCCAGGUGCAUCCAACCAGCCGUCCCAACAACAGACAGCCAGCUCCACCCCUCCUCCCCACCAGCCAAUAGCAGGGUUGGCCCAAGCCCAGGCCAACAACAGCAACAACAAGACAGGCACCUACACCGGCACUUACCCUGGCGCCUACACAGGCUCCUAUGCAGGGUCCUUCACAGACGACCUCCACAGGCUGGUAGAUGACUGGGCCAUGGAGGCCCUGGCUGUCUCCUGGCGGCCGCGGCCCAGUUCCCUCAGCCUCAGUUGGCAGCCGCUUUGGAACGACGACCCCAUGGGGCCCAGAACCAUAGCCAGACUGGCCAGCACUCCAGAUGUACCUGCCAGGACAGCCCCUGGCUUUGAGGGCCCCCAGCUCUCCCUGUCAUGGCCGAUGAUUGACAGCCAGGCCCAGGGGUCAGGGAUGAGGACCAGCUCCCCGGGACAGGCAGGGUUCCAUCCUGGCUACAUGGUGGCCCAUCCAGGCCCAGACCUGUUUGGGGGGCUGCCACCUUCGCCCCUCUCACCCUUCUGUGUGAGCCAGUGGCCUGAGCUGCUGUCCUCCUUGGAUUCAGGGGUGUUUGCUUUCCCUGUCGUGCCCCCAGCCUGGGGCACCCCCACCUCCGCCCCUGCCCCUGCUCCACCCUACGAGCCCCCCGACCCUAAAACCAGGACCCUCUAAUCCUCUAACCCCUGUAGCAUCAUGUCUUCCAACUAUGUUACCAAAAGAUAAGUCAUAUGUAGUUAGAGUUGUGGUCUAUUCUACGCACAGUAUGUAAACUGUAUAUAUUUAACCAGCAUGUAUGUAUAUAGUAAGCAUUUGUAUAUAUAGCCCAUUUAUGUUGUUAUCAAUGUGUGUGACAUUAUCAACCUCUAUUUACAGUACAUACCUCAUAUAUAUGUACAUAAAGGACAUAUGUAUAUUUUAUCACCUGUGUGAAUGGGCUGUAGUGUAUAUAAGGUGUGUAAUACAUUCAUUUUAUCUGCAUAAUCCAUUAAUUUGUUUGUGCAUAUAAGCUUUCUGUGUAUUUACAUGAUCUAUUUCUAUAUUAUAUUAUUCAUUCCUACUGUAAGUCUUUGUACAUAAACUGUUCAUGUUUGUGUGUUUAUCACCCAUAUGUGUGUAUGUGUACCCCUGUGUGUUUGUGUGUGAGACAGGGUGUGUACAAUAUGUUAUCCAUAUGUACAGUAGGUGCUGCAGGGCUCUGUCCUAACCCAGCAGAGAGCCAUUCACCAUCUUGCCAUCACUGUGAAGCCUUGUCUACCUGGUUACCAGCCUGGUCUCCCUGGUUAUGAGCCUUGUUACCCUGGUUACCAGCUGUGUCACCCUGGUUACCAGCCUGGUCACACUGCUGGUCUCCCUGGUUACCCUCUGUGUCACCCUGGUUACCAGGACCGUCUGCUUUAUAACUCAGAUAUUUAUGUUGUAAUAUACUUUUUUUUUUUUUUUUUUUUUUGUGUAAUAUACUUACUUCAUUUUCAUUGAAACUCUUACAACACUAGUGCUUGAAAUAGUCCUAAGAAAUGUGGAAGAGCUUGAACUUAAUCUUCAGGAGAAAUAUCCUGCAAGAGUGCCUUGAACAGUAGUUUCAGUUAAUUCUGGAGACAAGCAUGAGGCCAUUUGAGAUAAAUUAGGAUAAUGUGGUCAUAUUAUGUAUAUGGUUUUGACUAUAAAGGUACUCGAUAUAUUUGUGUGAUUCACAUAUGAAUGUUAUAUUUAGGAAAAAAACAGGUUGGUUAUAUUCAGGUUGCCAAUUUAGAAUGUUGGGAGUCUGACCAUGUCAUUGGUUGUCUUGUGAAUAUUAUAAUAACAGAUGGUACAUUAUCUAAUUUAGUACUGUAAGAUUCACACAGUGCACUGAAGCUAUGUGUUGGUCUCUUUGUCCAGAGGCUUCAACAAAGCAGUAGCUACACGAUUUUGCUCCACUAACCACAGCCUGCAUGAACACACAAUAAAGCUUGCACAGGAUAGCAGUCGGAGCGUUAGACUUUAGGGCAUUCUCUGGGUGAUAGCUAGUGUUACUUGGCUGUCACAAACAGUGGAUAUUUCAUACUGUACAGUAUGAGUAGAACUAAAGGGUUUCUCAGUAUGGACAUUCCUACAGUAUGCCUUAUUGUAGGUUUGAAUCAUUCACUUGUGUGGUUUCAGCGUUAAGGGGUCAUUCCACGAAUAGUGCCUUUCAUGUCCUUGUGACAUUAUGUGUGUGUGUACAUCUUUAUAAAACACUCAGUUUAACAGUUGGAUCACAUACUUGUCCGCUCUUACUAAGCUAAACCAUGUUAAAAUUCCAAUAGUAGCAUGUUUUCAUGAAAGUAAAUACGUUUUUUCCUCUGAAUAUUCCCAUUUUGGCAUGUCCCACAUCAUGUUUGACAGUUUUAACCCAUCAUUGUAAAGCCUUAGUUAUUUUGUUGCUUUGACCAAGUCAUUUCUGACAAUUAUUAUGUAUUUCAUGUGAUUAAUAAAAAUGUGUCCCUCAGGGUUAAGGUCAGCCCUGUUACAUGAACUGAACUCUCGUUUUAAUACAGUAAAACUAUUCCUUUAAAGAACAUUAUUUGAAAAAUAAAAAUGUAACAUCUAAUAGUCAAAUCAUAGUGUAAAAGCAGGUGAGCUGGUUCCACUCUUUUU